AUGCUUCGCCGGACGGGCUUCUUCUUGAGCGUCCUCGUCAUAUGCAUCAUCGUCUUCUACAGCUUACAAUCGGCGCCAACAGGUGAAGCCAAAUUCAACCGGGCCCGCGCUCAGCAUCAGAUCGUUCUCAAGCAGAACUGGAACAUCACCGAGGACAAGCUGCCAUGGGCUCCGCCGUUGAGGACGGCCGGGAGGCAUAUUGUCGAUGCUAACGGCGAGAGGGUCAAACUGGCCUCCAUCAAUUGGUAUGGAGCGAGUGAUAUCUUCUUCGUUCCCGGUGGACUCGACUUCCGCCAUCGUGACGAAAUCGCCGCGACUAUCAAGCGCAUGGGAUUCAACUCAGUGCGGUUUCCAUACUCUGACCAGAUGGUGAUCGAAAAUCCGAUCGUACCGCCAGAGGUCAUUUCGGCAAAUCUGGAUCUUCUGGAUGGCUACGAACUGCAUCACGACAGUCUCAAGCGAUCUGAUGAACUACAAGGCCCCCGUGCACUGGACGUGUUCAACGCAUGUGUCAAGGCCAUGACAGACAUUGGCCUUGCAGUGAUUCCUAACAAUCACAUUACGAACGCCCACUGGUGCGACGGCAAGAAUCUGUGUGAUUCCAGCUGGAAGAACGACCACUACGGGCCUAUCUGCAAGAUCAAGCAGACCACCGAGACCUGGAUCGACCACUGGAAAAUCAUUAUGGAGCCUUUCCUCGACAACCCCCUGGUCAUCGGUGCAGACUUACGCAACGAGCCACGCGGGCUUUGGGGGACGAUGACCUGGAACAUGUGGGCCACCGCCGCCGAAAAAGCCAGCGAAGCAUUGCUGGCCAUGCAGCCAAACUGGCUCAUGUUCAUCGAAGGCAUUUCCUCCGCCAACGACUGUUCUGGAGCCCGCACACGGCCUGUGAAGCUCACGGUUCCCGAUCGGGUCGUCUACAGCAGCCACGUGUACGCGUGGAGUGGCUGGUCGACGCUCGUCCCGUACGGCAAGCGUGCAUACCCAUCCUUCGCACUGGACAUGGACAAGAACUGGGCCUUUUUACUACGAGGCAACACCGCACCCGUCUGGGUGGGCGAAUUUGGAGCACCGCACGGCGCCAGCGACUCCGACCACCACUACUGGGACAAUCUGAUGAAGAUUCUGGAGGAAACUGAUGCGGAUUGGGGCUACUGGGCGCUCAACCCGCGGAAGCCCGAGGGCUACGACAAUGAAACGUAUGGCUUACUGCGCGACGACUGGGAGACGGUGGUGGAGGACUACCGUUUUGCGGAUCUCACAAAAUUGAUCAAACCUCAGGAACAAUAG